AUGAUAUCCAAGAGCAUGACAGUUCCUCUACUUGAGGCUGUUAAUGACUGCUACUUGACUGGAGACCCGAAUUGCAAACUGGCCAGCGUCUGGUUCUAUAACUUUUUCUAUGUGUUCACCGCAGGGCCAAUCGUUCUUCUUGCACAAAUCCAUCCCCCAAUAUUGGAAUUUAUGGAACACGAAGUUCUGGAAAAAACUUGGACUCGGUGCCAAGCGACUUUGAAAUACCUGGAGUGUUACAGCACCGUGGCAGAACGAUGUGCUCACGGUCUCAACGCGAUGAGAUCGAUAUAUCCCACGCAUCCCCUAAUGGGAGAGAUGUCACUUUUGAGUCUACCGAACAUGACCAAGCGAGCAUUUUAG